UCUGGUAGGUACGCGGGUCGCGGAUGGAGUCACGGACAAGACUCGCUUCACUCGGCCGGGCCAUCAUCCAUGCUCUCCUCAACUGCAUUAAAGCUAAAGGCCGUUACACUACAGCCCUGUGAAGUACUUCAUCAAGAUCCAGAUGGAUGCGAUGCGGCCAACGGCGGCGUUUCCACGACCGACACUGCUGAUCUCUCUGGUGCUAGGACGCAGCCCAGACAUUACGGGCCCGAGAGAACAUGUGACUUUGUACAUGUCGGUCGGUACGGAAGACGCGCCUGGUACGUACGCAGCCAACGACGACUGCUGCUGUUGCUUACUUGACGCAACUCGGAUCCCCUCUCCCAAGGCAGCCACCCGUCAGCAUUUCAUAGCCAUUUUCUCGCUUUCAAAUUACUCUCUUCCAUUGAGCCGAGCGAUUUGAUUAUCAAUUCAAAUUGAUCGACGUCGCUUGUCUCAAUGAGCCUAGUCUUGCUGAUGGGCUAAACCGCAGCUCGGGCGU